CAGCUGCUCUUCUCUCUGCUUUUAGCUGGCAAAAUACUCAAUAUAUUUAAUAUAAAGAGUGUGAUUUAUUUAUGUACUUAUUUGUUUUCUAAGAAGCAUUUUAUUGGAUUCUGAAGUCACGUUUAGUGAAGAUGGCAGAGAAACCUUCCUCAUCUACAGAGAUGUCAUCGAUCAGCAGCUCCAGUUCAGAUGAUCCAGAGAUCCGGAUUCUUCUGAUGGGCAGGACGGGUUCUGGGAAAAGCUCAUCUGGAAACACUAUACUGGGAAAAGUAACAUUUACAGUCCAAAAGCGAAGGAAGAAACAUGAGUCUGAAGUGUGUGAGGGUAAAACUCAGAUUGGAGAGAAGCAGGUGUGUGUGAUUGAUUGUCCAGAUCUACUGGAUCCAGAUCUGAAUAAAGAGAAGCUGGAGAAGAUGAAGGAUCAGCUGAUCUCUCGAUGUUCAGCAGGACUCAGUGCAGUUCUGCUCACCGUUCCUCUAGAGGAGCCUUUAGAAAAUGAGGAAGAGAUCCUGGAUUAUAUCAAGCGUUUAUUUGGUCCUGAAGUUCAGAAGUACAUCAUGAUUCUGUUCACACGUGGAGAUAAACUGGGCAAGAAUCAGACCAUUGAGGAACAUCUACAGAAUAAAGAUCAUGCGGAUCUCCAGCAACUGGUGACUAAAUUUGGAGGAAAGUUUCAUUGUUUAAAAAAAAAGAAGAUUAUAAAAGAUCUACUGCAGAAGAUUGACGAUUUAAUGGGAGAAAAUGGAGGGAAAUUUGUCAUGGCAAAAAUAAAAAGGAGAUCAAGCAAAGAUGUGCCUGAUGUCAAUUUUUCAGGAGAGUCUCCACCAGAAGAUCCUGAGAGGAAAGAAGAGAUCCGGCUGGUUCUGCUGGGAAAAACUGGAUGUGGGAAAAGCGCCACUGGAAACACCAUCAUCGGCAGAAACCUGUUUAAAUCCUCUAUCAGUUCAAAGUCUCAGACGAAACAGUGUCAGGCAGAAACUACAGUGAGGAUCGGUAAACAGAUAUCAGUGAUCGACACACCUGGACUUUAUGAUACUGAACUCAGUAAAAAGGAAGUUAAGACCGAAAUACUGAAAUGCAUAACUUACACGUCUCCUGGACCACACGCUUUUAUUAUCGUCAUAAAAGUGGGUCGAUUCACUGAGGAGGAGAAGAAUACAAUAAAAGAGCUUAAAGAAGUGUUUGGAGAAUUUAUGGAAAAAUAUUCCAUGAUCAUCUUCACUCACAAAGAUCAGUUAGAGAAGAAUAAUGUAACUAUUGAGCAGUUUCUACAGAAUGCUGAUCCAGGUCUUCAAACCCUUGUACAGAACUGUGGAAAUCGAUACUUCUGUUUAGACAAUGAUUCUGCCAGUUUCCCACAGUUCAAAGAUCUGAUCAGCAAAAUAGAGAAGAUGAUGGAAGAAAAUGGACACUUUACAAAUGAGAUGUUUAAAGGAACAGAGAAAUGCAUUCAGGAGAUCCAGAAGCCAAUCCUGGAUGAGGAAGUGAAGCAGUUCAAACAGAAAAACGUACGAGUGCUUCAAACAGAAUGGCAGGGAAUAUACUGGCGUUUAGCAAAAGAGUCACGACACAAAGCUAAGAAAUCUUUUUCUGACACAUUCGUGGGAGAACUUCUUAUGUAUCCUAAUGUGACUGUAUCAGAUAUACGCAGAUCACUGGAGAAGAUGGUGACCUCUGAGGAGAAGGAGAGUACCAUAAAGGAGGCUGAGAGCAAAGGAUUCAGACAUGCAGAGGCUGUUAGACUUGCAAUCAAUGCCACACGGAAACUAGCACGACAGAAAAUGUGUACAGUUCAGUGAGGAACUCCGUAAUGAUCAGACACACAAGACGAACUUUAAAUUACUCCACUGUGAAUGAAAUGAGCUAUAAGUGAUUUUCAGAGAUGAUGGACAGAGGC